GCUAUGAAGAGGCCUCGAUGUGGUGUCCCAGAUAAAUUUGGAGCAGAAAUUAAAGCCAACGUGAGGCGCAGGCGCUACGCGAUCCAGGGUUUCAAGUGGCAACAAAUGGAUCUUAGCUUCUGCAUCCAGAAUUACACACCCAAGGUUGGCGAACAAGCCACCUUUGCCGCUAUCCGUCGGGCCUUCCGUGUCUGGCAGUCGGUCACGCCGUUGCGUUUCCGCGAGGUGCCUUACGCGGCCGUGCGGGAGGGCCGCGAAACGCAGGCGGACAUCAUGAUCUUCUUCGCCGAUGGCUUCCACGGAGAUAGCACCCCGUUCGACGGCGAAGGUGGCUUCCUGGCCCACGCCUACUUCCCGGGGCCCCACAUCGGUGGCGACACUCACUUCGAUGCGGCCGAGCCUUGGACCGCUCGGAACGAUGACCUCAGCGGAAAUGACAUUUUCCUGGUCGCCGUCCAUGAGUUGGGUCACGCCCUGGGGUUAGAGCAUUCAAAUGACCCUUCCGCCAUCAUGGCCCCUUUCUACCAGUGGAUGGACACGGAGAACUUUGAACUGCCAGAAGACGACCGGCGUGGCAUACAACAACUCUACGGAACUGAAGUUGGCCAUCCCUCCAAGCCUCCCCCGAUCCCUCGCACCACUCCGAAACCCCGAAACCCUCAUCGGCCCCCCAAGAACCCGACCUACGGCCCCAACAUUUGCGACGGACGGUUUGACACCAUUGCGGUACUCCGGGGCGAGAUGUUCGUCUUUAAGGAUAAAUGGUUUUGGCGAGUACGCAACAACCGUGUAAUAGAUGGAUAUCCUCUCCCUAUCGGUCAGUUCUGGGUUGGCCUACCUUCCUCAAUCAACACAGCCUACGAGAGGAAAGACGGGAAAUUCGUCUUUUUCAAAGGAGACAAACAUUGGGUGUUCAACGAAGCCAACUUGGAACCGGGAUACCCCAAACAUAUCAAGGAGUUAGGGAGGAGGCUCCCCACGGACCGGAUUGAUGCCGCCCUUUUCUGGAUGCCGAGUGGGAAAACAUACUUUUUCCGGGGAAACAAGUACUAUCGCUUCAAUGAGGAAACCCGAUCGGUUGAUGCGGAUUACCCCAAGAACAUUGAUGUCUGGGGGGGGAUUCCUGAUUCCCUCCGGGGUGCAUUUAUGGGCAACGAUGAAGCCUUCACCUACUUCUACAAGGGUGACCGUUACUGGAAGUUUAACAACGAGAAACUGAAAGUAGAGCCGGGGUACCCCAAGUCGGUGCUGCGAGACUGGAUGGGAUGCACGACCGACGACCGUCGCGAGGGAGAAGAAGUCAUCAUCAUCGAGGUGGACAAUGCCGAGGAAGGCGGGCUCAACGCCGCUGCGGUGGUGAUCCCCGUCUUGCUGCUCCUCACCAUCUGCGCCGUCGGAAUCGCCAUUUUGAUCUUCAAGCGUUACGGCACACCCAAACGGUUGCUCUAUUGCCAGCGGUCUCUGCUGGACAAGGUGUGACCGGCCUUUGAGAUGACGUCUCAGGAGGACAGGUCUCACCUGCUUUACUCCCUGUCUACCUGCCUGUCACAAUUCGGGUCCGGUUCCCUUGUUACCACCUUUUGGGUCAUCCUGUCCCGGCGCCCCGCUCUCCCCUGCUUCUUGGUCCAUUUUUCCAUCCAACCUGUGGUCCAUCUCACCUCCUUGAUGCCGUCAGCCACGUUCUCUCUCCAAGAGGUUUCCUUGACCAUGUUGGUCCUCUGCCUUGUUGACCUACUUCUUCUUUC